CCAGAAUUAAAACUAGGCGAUGGUCCAAUCGGUAUAAUCUGUGCACCAACACGUGAACUGGCAUUGCAAAUCUAUAGUGAAGCUAAAAAAUUAGCUAAAGUCUACAAUUUAACUGUUGUUUGUGCUUAUGGCGGUGGAAGUCUGUGGGAACAACAAAAAGCCUGUGAAGCUGGUUGUGAAAUUCUAGUUUGUACACCG